AUGCGACACAUAGACGAGUUCGCCAAUCAACGUACUACUCACCCACUUGAGCGCCGUGGAUUUGAUUGUGUGCGUCGCUGUGCUGGUGUGCAUUUUGCCGGAGAUAUUCGACCAGAAGGAGAAAGUCGCUCCAUGGCUAUGCCCUGUUCACGGAUUUCUGUUCACCUUCCUACACCCGAUGGCCAUCUGGACAGUUUGCGGCCUGAACUGCGACCGGUCGGUAUCCACCUAUAACAUUAUCGUACCUAUAUUCUUACUUAUAUUAUAGCGCAGUGUAUAGAUUUAGGCCGGGUAGCACAAACGUACCGUAGACUUACAGAACCUAGAGCACUUACAGAACUUUAA